AUGUCGAACACUAGCUUCUGUCAUGUGAUCGAUUGCGACAACUUGGAGGGGGACUUCCUCGAACCUUAUGCAGACAUAUCGGGCACUGGUGUACUUGUAGGGUUUAUCGGGACCGCUUAUCUCGCUUUUGUACUCGUCACUGUCAGCUACUUUCUAGCGUUUGACCCUAGCGAAAAUCCGUUCAACAGUCGCAUCACUGUUGAUGAAGAUGCUGCGAACGCCUAUUGGAAGCCAAAUCCGAUUAACAAAAGAUUAAUCGCCUGGAUACGAAAGCCGUCGCUACUGAUAUCUAGCACACGCGAGCGACUUCAAGCUGCGUUCGACGAGGUGAGGAUAAAGAGUAACCACUUUGUGAAAGCGAUUAAUAUUAAUAUCACUCACUGA